AUUGCGAUGGACGAGAUACAUAUGGACUUUUACACGGUUAUACAUUCGUGGAAUUUUUAAAAUGUGUGUUUGCUCUGAUAUGUCUUCAUAUUUUAUAACUACUAUCAUUUUUUUCAAUUUAUAACCAUGUUACAAACAUUCGAUAAACUCAGUACAGAGUAGUGAUAUUUUAACAGAGAAAACGGAUUGUACUACUCACCUGGAUUACGAAGAGUGAUAAUAACUUACUGUGAUAACGAAACAAUACAUUACAUGUAACAAUGUGCUUACCGGGAUUAGUAUUAUAUGACACAAUACCAUGGCAUGGGUGCGAUGUAGUUCCAUUGUAAGCGCCUGAUAGUCGAACCCUUUGAGAGGAGCGCAAUAUUUCGCUAAUAAUCCUACAUUUCCUUGAAACUGACCAUUUUGUUCUUCAAACCAUGCAACUUUUACAGGUGGUUAAAGUCAUAAGUUGGGAAUGAAAGAGCAUUCAACAUUCAGACUAAAAAAAUAGCAAUUAGCUAUUGUCGGAUUAAUUCGAUUGCAUCGGCAUUACCGUUUUUGCCACUUGUGCAUCUAGAGUGCGAAUAUGUGCACGUUACGUGAUCUGCAGGUGGCGUUGGCGGAGAAGAUGGAGGAGGUCCGCCAACGUGACGCACUCAUUGACGAGCUGGAGUGGGAACUGGACGAGAAGGAGGAGCUGAUCGCCUCCCUACGAAACCAGCUCGACAAGUACCGCACCGCCAUGAAGGUCUCUAUGACCGCCGCGGCUGCCCGCACAGCCGCUGCCGCUGAAAAGCUGCCGCACCGCCAUAACCGGACCGCUAUAUCGGCUGAGUCGUCCAUGACCCUCACUCAUCGCGACUAUCGAACACUUAAACGACAUAGGAAACCGUUGGCUUCCAAAGAGCUAAUAAAGCGGGCGAUCCUGGACAACGACUUUAUGAAAAACCUUGAGCUGAGUCAGAUCCAUGAUAUUGUGGAUUGCAUGCACCCCGUCGACUUCUCCAAGGGUAGCGUCAUCAUCAAGGAGGGCGAUGUGGGGUCCCUUGUCUACGUUAUGGAAGAGGGAAAGGUGGAGGUGACGAAGGCGAACGUUAAGCUGUGCACUAUGAGCCCAGAGAAAGUGUUCGGUGAGCUCGCUAUCCUCUACAACUGUACCAGGACAGCCAGUAUAAAAGCAUUAACGGCGUGUAAGCUGUGGGCAAUAGAUCGACCAUCCUUUCAAAGUAUUAUGAUGAGAUCUGGUCUUCUACGUCAGAUCGAACAUAAAGAAUUCCUUAAAAGUGUUCCGUCCUUCAAGAACCUGCCGGAGGAAACGGUCAGCAAAAUUGCGGACGUCCUAGAGGAGACUCACUACAACCAGGGUGAGUGCAUCAUCCGACAGGGGGCGCGAGGAGACACAUUUUACAUUAUCUCCAAAGGGAAGGUAUGCGUGAAGGUGACGAAGCGGACGUCGAAGGGGACUGAUGACCAAAGCAUGCGCUAUCUCCAGCGAGGAGACUUCUUCGGGGAAAAGGCGCUACAGGGGGAGGAUAUCCGGACGGCGAACGUGAUAGCAGACGAUCCGGAGGGUGUGGAUUGUCUCGUGCUUGACAGAGAGUCUUACUCACAACUUAUCAGCAAUCUUGAUGAUUUCCAAAGAGCAUAUGAAGACGAGGAAAUUGUAAAUAACGUUGACGCGGAGUUUGCCAAGCUCAAGCUCGGAGAUCUCAGUAUUGUCACCACGCUUGGCGUCGGCGGCUUCGGCAGGGUAGAACUGGUCCAGAUCAACAACGACGCUAGUCGGACGUUCGCGUUGAAGAUAAUGCGGAAACACCACAUAGUGGAGACGCGGCAACAGGAGCAUAUCAUGAACGAGAAGAAAAUCAUGGCGGAGUCACGCACGGACUUUAUCGUCAGAUUACACCGGACAUUUAAGGACCGGAAGUACCUGUACAUGAUGAUGGAGGUGUGUCUGGGAGGCGAACUCUGGACCGUCCUGAGGGACAAGGGUUCGUUUGACGACAAUACCACACGGUUCUACACAGGGUGCGUGCUGGAGGCGUUCACGUACUUGCACAGUAAGGGCGUUGUCUACAGGGACCUCAAGCCAGAAAACCUGCUCUUAGACGGACAUGGCUACUGUAAACUGGUUGACUUCGGUUUUGCAAAGAAAGUUGGUCUUGGUCGGAAGACGUGGACGUUUUGCGGGACGCCGGAGUACGUAGCACCGGAAGUGAUCCUUAAUAAGGGCCACGACAUCACCGCGGACUAUUGGUCACUCGGAAUACUCAUGUUUGAGCUCCUCACGGGCAGUCCGCCCUUUUCCGGCCAAGACCCUAUGAAGACCUACAAUAUCAUUCUGAAAGGCAUCGAUACCAUAGAAUUCCCGCGGAAAAUCACGAAAAAUGCCACAAACCUCAUCAAGAAACUAUGCAGGGAUACCCCGACGGAUCGUCUAGGGUUUGGGCGUGGCGGUAUUCGGGAGAUCCAAAAGCACAAGUGGUUCGAGGGCUACAACUGGGAGGGCCUCCGAAAACACACUCUCACCGCACCCAUACAGCCGAAGAUCAAAAACAUGGUGGACACAACUAAUUUUGAUGACUACCCGGAUGAUGAGGAGACUCCGCCUCCCGAUGACCUCACUGGCUGGGACAGAGACUUCUGAUCACGUGACUGACAAACAAGAGACACAACUCUGUAGGGCUUUGGGAUUUAAAAUCCCGUAAUGUGAUGCUGUGCGAAUUGUGCAAAUUGUUGAACUCAGCGUGAUGAGAAUGACCUCAAAGAACACUGCAUUUUGACUGAACAGUACCAACUGUGGAAGCUAUUUAGUUUAAAAUUGGAAGAGUUAUAAAAGUGGUUCAAGUAAAGAAUUUAUCGUUCUGUAACAGUUAGGCAUUUCAUCGUGUGUUAUAAAAUUGAUGAGUAGUUCAAAGUUUACCUCGGUGGAAAAUGUAAACAGAAAUUGUAAUUGAAUAUGUAAUAGUAUGCAUACAUUUUCAUCGGCAUACUUUAAACCAGAUAUUGAUUAAUGUAACGUAAUCCUUGGUAUUGUUUGGUGUCUUGAAGAGUUAGUGUCAGGAACAGCUGGCAUCUAGAGCACUUCAUAUUGCCGAGACUAUGCAUUCAUAUGUAUUCGUUUUUAUUGGGUCUGAUUUAUAUGCUAGUAUAAACGAUGUUCUCUCUAGCAUCGGAUGUUAUUGUUAUGAAAACAUUUUGUACAUGUAUUGUUAGUGUUAUAAUUGUGAUAAAACUUAUUAUUGACGGUUUUUAAAAUAAUAAAAAAGGAAAAAA